AUGGGCAGCUGGGCCGCGGCGACAUGGCGGCUUGGUGGCUGCAGCGGGCGCGGCGGCCUCCGCGGCGCACCGCGGCGGCGGGCCAGCUCCCGCCCCGGCGGUGGGGACCGGGCGGCGACCCUGAGCGACCUGCUGCAGAGCUCGGUGGGGGCCGAGGAGCCGGCCGCGGCGGCGGCGGCGGCGGCGAGGCGGGAGCGGCGGUCCCCCCGGGAGGGCACGGUGCUGCUCUUCCCCGGCCAGGGCAGCCAGUUCGUGGGGAUGGGCCGCGGGCUGCUGCGCUACCCCGGCGUGCGGGACAUGUACCGCCUGGCCGAGAAGGUGCUGGGCUACGACCUGCUCUCCCUCUGCCUGGAGGGGCCGCGGGACGAGCUGGACCGCACCCGGCACUGCCAGCCCGCCGUGUUCGUCGCCUCCCUGGCCGCCGUGGAGAAGCUCAACCACCAGCAGCCUAAAGUGGUGGAGAGCUGCGUGGCGGCGGCGGGGUACAGCGUGGGGGAGUUCGCGGCGCUGGUCUUCGCUGGAGCCCUGGGCUUUGCCGAAGCGCUGUACGCGGUGAAAGUGCGCGCCGAAGCCAUGCAAAAGGCGUCGGAAGCCAUCCCCAGUGGAAUGCUGUCUGUUAUCGGUCGGCGAGAGGCAAAUUACAAAUUUGCCUGCUUGGAAGCCCGUAAACACUGUGAAUCGCUGGGGAUAGAAAACCCCGUAUGUGAAAUCUCAAACUAUUUGUUUCCAGACAGCAGAGUCAUUGCAGGACACUUACAGGCUUUGGAGUUUUUGCAGGAGAAUGCCCGAAAAUAUUAUUUUACACGUACAAAAAUGCUUCCAGUCAGUGGGGCUUUUCAUACCAGACUUAUGGAACCAGCAGUAGAGCCACUGGCUGAAGUCCUAAAAUCGAUUGAGAUUCAGAAACCACUGGUCUGUGUCUAUUCCAAUGUGGAUGGCAAAAAGUACAUGCACUCAAAGCACAUUCAGAAGCUGUUAGUGAAGCAGGUGGUUUCACCUGUUAUGUGGGAACAGACCAUGCAUUCGGUAUACGAAAGAAAGCAAGGAACAGAAUUUCCUUACACGUACGAAGUGGGGCCCGGGAAGCACCUAGGAGCCGUUCUCAAAAAAUGUAAUUUAAAGGCCUGGAAACAGUAUAACCAUGUAGAUGCUCUGGAAGAUGAGGAAGCAGCAGAGACCUAAGUAGUCUCUUGAGAAAAAGCCACGCAACUUGUUUUUUCUGCCUAAUUUAAGAAUAGCUUUGUGCUCCCAAAAGAGGAAGUCUUAAACAUUCAUGGCUUCUCAUGAUGAAAAAAGCACCAUGCGCGUAAUCGUGAGGAACGUUUUUCUUCCCCGUGUGCCUCAGGUGUGGAAGGGGAGAGCAAAGGCUGGCUCUUCCAUCUGUGUCGGGACUGCAAAACUGCCAAUAAACACGCCAAAUAGCCUCUGUUUGGCCUCAAUCCUGCAAGCAACCUCCUCUCCUUUUUUUUUUC